AUGUGGUGCCUUGGUUUUAUGCUAUUACUAUCGUUACAUUCACUUUACGUUAAAGCCGACGUUGGUGAUACAGAUUUAAACGAUUUAUCGGAACAGCAAAACUCCGUGAAAAUAAACAAGUGUUGUGAACAUAAUGAGAUUAUGGUCAACUCGGUUUGUAGACUGGCUGAAAAAUAUAAUGAAAGUGUGUGGAGUCCUCAAUUUAAAACUGAAGAUGGCAAAGAUACUACUGUAAAGUAUUUCAGAUAUAUUUACGGAGUACCAAACUGUGAGACCACACAACAAAGACCGAUAUUUGACUUAGGAACAUCUGAAGAUGAAUUGAAUCUUUUAUCCGAUGGACGAUUGAGACAUCUUAUACACCAUGAACAUGGGGAGAAUCCUGUUAAAGACGACCCAUUAAUGACAAACACACUUAUCCAUGAGGCAAUUGUUAUACCGGCUGUUAAAGAACCAUCAUCAUACAAUCAUGAUCAGAACAAAUAUUGUAUGGACAAGAUUCUAACAAGUUCAAAUGUCACUGGUCUAUAUGGAUUGGUAUGUGUUCCAGAAGUGAAGAUUAAUUGGAGAGAGACCAGUUUCUUAAUGAAAAAGGUGCUAAAUCCACUGUUCCAUGCUAUUGCAAUGGUACUAUUUCUGUUGGUUGCUAUAAUAUACUUUGUUUUGCCAACAUUACGAGAUUUGGCCGGAAAUAUAAUCACCACAAUCAAUAUAUGUCUCAUUGUGAGCCAGGCCGCUGAUUUUGUAAGAAUAUUCACAGAAUUUAGCAAUCACGUCAGCUUUAUGAUCACAGAUAUAAUUCUCUACAUCAGUCUGCUGGGUGCCUUUUUCUGGCUGAAUAGUUUCGGAUUUUACAUCUGGAAGACAUUUAAAUCACGAAAUGUCUUUCUCAGAGUGACGGAUGUUCGUAAAUACUGCUACUAUUCAAGUGUUGUUUGGUCAUGUGUAGUGCUCAUGGCUGGUAUGGCUAUUUGUGCACAUUUUCUGCUAGACACCGGUACAAAUCCUUACAGAAAAAUGAAAACACAAUUCUCAUCAUCAAUCUUAGUAGAUGACAUAGAACAAGAAACUAUUGGAUGGCUGGGCAUUGCAAUAUUCUUCACACCUAUAGCUUUCACUAUCAUAUUCAAUCUAUUCUUUUAUAUAACAACUUUGAAAGUUAUUAAGAGGAUAAAUAUAUAUGGAAGAAUCCAUUAUAAAUUGAAAGGAUGUUUCGAUCUGUUCCUGCAGCUAUUUCUUAUAAUGACUAUGGCUUGGCUGUUUCUACUAUUGUCCUGGCUAAAUUUCGAUGGCUUGUUAUACGCCCAUAUAGUGGUCAAUCUAUUACAGGCAAUUCUGAUAUUCUAUGUAUGUGUAGUCAAACAGUCACAUGUAACAUUUCUGUUGAGAAAGAGUUGUUGUUACGCUGAGCCUAUACCAACAGGCGAGUGGGGAGAUGAAAUGACUCAUAUGAAUGGGGGAAAUUAUUAA